UGGGAAGAGCUCUGGGCGUUCACAGAGGAGGUUUCAACACCUCCCUUCACUCUCGGUUUAAAUACUGAGGGGAAAUCUCCGCGAGUUCGCCUGCGCUGAGGAACAGAGCAACACAGCGAUGGAGUUUCUCUGCGUGUUUUUCUGUGCCGUCUUUGUUUGUGUUGUCAGCCCUAGUGGGAUACCUCAUGACGGAAUACACUGGACAUAUACUGGUAGGUGUAUCGUUUAGACACCUAAUAUGAGUUAUUAUUUCCCAGAUUAACAAUUGUGCCUUGUUUUAUCACCAAGGAACAAAGUUGUCUAAUGCGUAAAAGCUGCGCGUCAGGGUGUCCAAUACGCAUUUGUUUCUGCGUACAAAAGAUGUGAACAAAAGCCCCUCAUCCUCAGGUUGCUCAGAUAGCAUCGUGCUUUUUUCAAUUCAAAAUGUACCAGAUUUUUCUGUGUGAAUUACGCUGCAUUGGCGAAAUACCUCCGGUGUCAGACAGUGGUUUCAUCAGGCGCGUGCGAAAACAAACUGAGAGACAAAUUAUUAGGUGUUGGAUACAGCACGGCUGUGCCAAAUAAUAUGAGAGUGAAUAUUGUUGGAAAAACCACACUAACUCUGGCAGCAAUAUCCAGUUAGACAAGUCCUGUGCAUGCCAGUGCGCUUCAACAACCUGUGUUCUACUUAAGUGAUCCACGCACAAGCGCUAAUACCCGUGUCUGUGUUUGAUUAGUGUCGCUCCUAACUUUCAUUUACUUCGGACCAGACUGAGUGGGUGAUUUUACAGUAUGUCCAUAGUUAUGUCCAUAACUUCCUGCACACAGAGGGAGCUUUGGACCAGAUGCACUGGCCAACCAAGUACCCAGCAUGCGGAGGUAAGAAGCAGUCUCCAAUCGAUAUCCAGCGGCGCAACGUUAGACACAACCCAGACAUGCUGCAACUGGAGCUGAAAGGAUAUGAUGCCCAGAAAGGGAAUUUCCUCAUGUCCAACAAUGGACACUCCGGUAAGUGAAAACAGCAUGAAAACAUCCAUGAUUCAGAAACUAAAUUUACUUCCUUUUUAGAGGACCCCGCCACUAUAUUUUAAUGAUCGAAAAGCCAAUGUGAUUGAUCUGCGUUGAGUUGAUUUCUUUUCUGCUUUCAAGGCACUCAUAUGUUUUCAUCUGUUUCGUUAUGUUGUAAAACUGAACUUUUUUAAGUCUUACCUUUUUUAAGUUAAGCAGUAGUCUGCAAAAAGUGAUCACUAAACUUAAGAAAAAAAAUACAGCAUGGUAUUAGAAAAAAAGUGAAACUCUACAUUAUUUUACAAUACCUACAUACAGAAUCUGACUGUUUGCAAUGACACAAUCCCUCCUAUACCACCUGAUUUUUUAAGAGGAGUUGUUUUUGCCCUGAUUUUGAUGUUGCCUCACACCUGUGCUUACCUAAUGCUUCACUUCUUCAAAUUUCCAUCAGUUCAAAUUGAUCUGCCUCCCACCAUGGAGAUCAGCAAAGGUCUCCCAGGAAAAUAUACAGCUGUUCAGAUGCACCUGCACUGGGGCGGCUGGGACCUGGAGGCCAGUGGUGCAGAACACACUGUAGAUGGCAUCCGCUAUAUGGCAGAGGUUUGCUUUAAUUUUUUAAAACAAAUAAUCUGGCUUGAUGAACAAAACAAAACAGGAUUAAGUUUAAAUAACCAGCUGGUGCACUUGUCUUGUGAUGACAGGCUUUUCAUACAUUGUGAAAAUAUUUUCUUAACGUUAAAAGCCACUCCUUAUUAAACACAUGUAAUAUCUAAAGACACAAAGACUAGUGUAUUUAAGGUCGCCAAAGCAACAUAAUUUACGGCUAAGCAUGAGAACUGUUCUGUGUUCAGUAAUGACUGUGUAGUGAUUCGACUCUUCGAGAGGAAAUCAAUACAGCCUGCAGUUUUUUUUUUUAUUCAAAAGGAAAUUUACCCCUUUCUUCAGUACAACCUUAUAUAUCUUAACAGUCCUCUCACGUUGACCUGUUUUUCUGUCUUACUUAAGUUGUCACCUGGCAUAUUCUGUUGCCUAACCUGUCUUUCAUUUGCACCUUGUUUUCCAGCUCCAUGUCGUCCAUUACAAUUCUGACAAGUACAAGAGCUUCACUGAAGCCAGAGAUAAGCCUGACGGGCUGGCAGUGCUCGCCUUUUUCUAUGAUGUAUGUAAGCCACCAACGCUUCCCCCUCUUCUGUAUUCUGCUUUUUCUCACCUUGAGAUUUUUCAGUAUCUCCUCAUGAUGCUAGCACUAUUUCUUAUACAUAAGCACUAACAGAGCCAAAGGACAAUGACAGAAAGAGUCAUAGUGGUGAAAAACUACUGUGUAGUGCCAUUCGAAGUGUAUGAGUGGACAUCUAGCUAGAUUGAAAAGCUCCACUGAGUGUUAAGUUGUCUGCAGACGUAUUGAAAGAGUUUGUUUAUUGAGGAAAUGCUCUGGAUGUUAAAGCAGUCUGCGGCUCUUUGCUUUGAGAGGUCAUUGCUGCAUGAACACACCUCUUCUGGCACGCACUGUGAAGGCAGCACUGAGCUGCUAGGAUUUCUGCUUACUCAUAUAGUGACCAACCAUUCAUUGGCCUGGAAGUAUCAAUGAUUUUUCUGUUCUGUAACUACUACUAUGACAAUUACUUAUUGUGAGAUCUGGUAAUGUGGCAACCUCUCUCAUAAGGUGACUGAUGAUGGGGCCGGGCAUCUGGCAGGGCUGUCAGGCAUAAUCAAAGUACCUAUUUAGAACUGAUCAGUCUUGUCUGUAGUGUUGUUGUUCACUUUCAUCGCUCAUAUGUAAGCAAUGGUGUUAGUUUCAUUACAUAAAACUCCUUACAGCAGGGGUGUGUCUAGAAGGGUUGCCAGGGGUGGCAUGAACCCUAAUCAGUCACCCUCAGUUCCACAACAAAAGUCCCAAAACUUAGCAGUGUAUUUUGUUGCAACCAUAGACUUUAAAUACCAUGGACAACUUAGUUCCUCCUUCCGUCUUUAUACCAAUUUGAAGCCGAAUAGCUGUCUGUAUUUCUGGGACUUUCUCCACUUCCUGGCACCACCACUUGCGCAGUAGCGUUGCACACAUUCGGUGAGGAAGUCACCAAGAGUCGCUGUGAUGACACUUGGCGUAUCUCCCAGGUGAGCUACAAUCUUCAUAUACCCAUAGGCUGUAUCAAGUGUCAAUUGUAGAAAACAUGAACCCCUGAUAACUUUUAAAAAUGGAGUUGUUCAGAAAGAAGAGGACGAGCACAAACCAGUCUUACAGUAACUGCAUGUCAACAUCACAAUAAGGGGGGAGAAAAAUUUAUACUCUGUGUAAUUAAAUUCAAAAGUUUGUCCACAACUCCAUAGGGAUUGCUGGAGGAGGUGGGAUUUAUGACCCAUACUGCAGCCUGUCACCAGAGGGUGCUGUUCUCAUGGCGGCUUCACCCAGCGAGGAGACAGGCAGCGUCCAUUCUAUAUACAGUCUAUGAUUGCAACCUGCUAAUGAUAGACGUCUUUACAUUCCACUAUCUCACAUUUUUAGUACUUUAAACUAUUAAUUAAUACUUCAUACUUAAUCAAAUAGGUAGGAAGACGCAAAACCAGCCCAUCACAUACCUCUCUGAUCAGCUGCUCAUGAAUUUUACGUCUCACCGUUGCAGGACCUUUGCCUGGCACACAACAGAUUUUUAAAGCUAUCUUGGUAGAUAUCAUAUAAGUCUCCUACAGAUGUUUCGUUCUCUUCCAGGACGGCCAUUUUGAGAACACUUACUACAGUGACUUUAUCUCCAAUCUGGACAAGAUCAAGUAUGCAGGUGAGCAACUGCACACAGAAAACUGACUCUAUUUGAAUCAAGUGUUUGAGUCUAAUUUGAGUGAUGUAAUGAUUUUGAUCCUGACAGGUCAGUCCAUGAACAUUUCAAGCAUCGACGUACGCUCCAUGCUUCCUGAGAACCUCAACCAUUUCUUCAGAUACGAGGGCUCCCUCACCACUCCGCCCUGCUAUGAGAGCAUCCUGUGGACUGUGUUUGAUACCCCCAUCACUCUCUCACACAACCAGGUAAAACAAACAGGAGGAGUUUCACUUUAGGAUGAGUAAAAUCAUCUCAAAUUUUCCACCAUAUUUGGAGGCUUCUUGUAACUACGUUAUUUUGAGAGUGUUAUGUGUUUUCCUUCUUUGUCUCUCGUUCUCAGAUCAGGAAACUGGAAAGCACUCUGAUGGACAUUGACAACAAGACCCUGUGGAAUGAUUACCGCAUGGCUCAGCCUCUGAACGACAGAGUGGUGGAAUCUUCUUUCCUGCCACGCCUCGGGAAAGGAAGUGUGUAACAUGUUGUGACAGCGCAAUUACAGAAUAUAAAUUACGUCACAGGGUUUUUGUUGAGCCUGAGUUUUAUCCAAUUUUUGUUUUUCUAGCAUUUUGUCGGCAGGAUGAGAUUGAAUCGAGGCUCUUGAAGAUUGAGGGUCUGAUUACGUCUCUUGGAAAGCAUGUGACAUCAGGUGAGAGACCUAAGAUAAAAAAACGCUACAGAUGUUGUCUAGUAGCCACAUUUAAUAUACUUUUAUUUUUUCAUAAGGUGGAAGUCGUAACUCAAGGCCUGCAAAAUACGGUGAGUCUUUCGUUUUCAUUCUGAUUUAAGGAGAGCAAACACUGGUGGAUAUUUCUCACCUUCAGUCUUACUCUUGUUACCUCCUCAGAAUCCAGAGCUCUGUUUCCCCUGGUGCUCCACUUCCAGGAGAAAAACUUUGGGGCCUAUGCUUUGGCUAGCCCGGGCCAUCCCAUGGAACUGGACUCCUUCACCAUCUGCAUGCACCUCCUUCCUCAGCUAGAAGGCAUCCACACCAUCAUCUCAUACUCCAGCAACGGCAAUGAAAACGAGAUGACCAUCUCCAUCCGUGAGGACAGAGAUGCCAGAGAAGUCGGCCUCUGGAUUGGCAAUGAGUAUGUCAACCUGCCGCACAACUUCAAGUCCCACGACUGGACCAACUACUGCAUCACGUGGUCAUCGCACACAGGGGGGGCAGAGCUAUGGAUCAACGGCAAGGUGGGGGAGCGGCGGUACCUGAAGAGUGGCUACAUUAUCAAUCCUGGAGGUGUUUUCAUCCUGGGAAUAGACCAGGAUGGAUUAUUGGGAAUCUCCAACAGCAAAGCCUUUGAAGGGAAGAUGACUGAUGUCAACGUGUGGGACCAUGUCAUGACCACAGCGGAUAUCAGGGACCAGAUGUCCUGCGAGAGGAACAGCACCGUGGUGGGAAAUGUGUUCAGCUGGGGAAGCACCAAACUCAGCAUGUAUGGAGGGGUGCAGCUGGACACUCAGUACAGAUGCUCCUGAAGUGUUAGCUUUAAUGGUCAAAAAUAAACCAAAGUAUCAGUGCUAAUGAGAGGAUUUAAAUGAAUUUCACAAUGAAGGAUCUUAUGUCCGUCAUUCACCUGUGAGUCAAUUUCAAAUGCAAACUGUGUGUCCAUUCAUCAUCAAUAAAAGUUUUAAGUGUC